CGACUUGGCCGCUGCACUGCCCGCCUGCGUUUCCCGGUCGGGCCGUUUCAGGCGGCUACCAUCGAUCCCGGACAUCCCAGGCGUGGAGAGUAGGAAAUGUGUCACCUGUGAGUGUGAGGCUGUGUGUGGAGCAGCGAUACUCAAGCUCCGACGACCUGGUUCUGCGUAGUCGUCCACUUUUAUUAUUCCUUUGCCAAGACUAAGUAGUGUAAGGUGUAGGCACAGUUCGAACCUUUCUUCUCCUUCUCCAACGCUACCGCUUGUAAGCCAUCGGUUCUCCCCGGAAGUCGCUCUCCAACAGCACUGGCAAGAUGGCUAAAGCAGAUACGUAUCCUGUCAUGAACGGCAUUAUCCAGGGUGUGGAGAGCAAGGAGAGAUGGUUUCCUGGAGAUCCCCUGCCAUGGACAACGCAGAUCUGCCACGGUAUAACCUGCAAUAUCGUGAUCGACUACAAGCGCUGCUUGAAGAUCCCGGAGUUCGAGACCAAGCCUGAUGAUGUCUUCAUUGUGACCUAUCCGAAAUCAGGUACUACGUGGAUGCAGCAAAUCGUCAAGUGCAUCAGGACAAAGGGCCACCCGGAGACCGUUGAUGAACACCUUGAAGACAUCUUCCCCUGGUUCGAGGCCAUGCCACAGAAGGAUAUGGAAGACAGGCCAUCACCGCGCAUCUACAAAAGUCAUAGUCCAUACUAUAUGGCAGCCAAGGGUAAGAGCGAGGCCACACGCUGCAAGUACAUUCACGUCAUCCGCCAUCCUAAAGACGUCUGCGUCUCCUUGUUCCACCAUAUGAAGGGAUUCUGGGAUUAUGAAUUCAACGGCGAGUUCCCAGAGUUUGUUGACCUCUUCCUGGGCGGAAAAGUUGAAUCUGGAUGCUGGUUUGACUUUGUGCGCACAUGGUACGAGUGCGCUGCCAGUAAAGAUGAACGCGUCCUCUACGUGCGUUACGAGGACAUGAAACAGAAACCAAGGGAAGUGAUCCAGCAGGUAGCCGACUUUCUGGAGUUGCCAAUCGACGAGGCAAUCAUCGAUCUGACUAUAGAGAAGAGCAGCUUUGCCAAGAUGCAGAAGGACAACCAUGCCAAUAUGUCUUGGCGAAAGGAAGAGUUCCGCGCCAACGCAGAACCGUUCAUGCGCAAGGGAACUGUGGGAGAUUGGAAGAACCACUUCAGCGAUGAGGAACAGAACAAACACUUCAAUGAAAUCUUCACGGAGAAAUUAGCUGGUACCAAAGUGGAAAGUCUUUAUGAUUUGAAUUGAGCAGCAGAAGCUCACUUACUCUCCUUGUUGAUUUCUUUGCCCAUGGAAUACUGCUUACUUGUCUAAAUGCUCGUGCAGUAGUCAGGCCUUUUCAAGAAUUCGUAUUCCCUCCACAGACUUUUUAUAAACUGUUUUCAAUUUUCAAGUCCUGCUCAAGAAGCCCUCGUUAGUUUCACUUCGCUCUCCGGCGUAUCCUAGAAUUCUUGCCAGCCCAGCAGUCCAGCCUGACAACAAACAGUUCCGGCUUGGCUAGUUGUGCAUUGCUUUCCGACCAGCUACUUUGAAGCUAGUUCAUCAGACUCA